AUGGAAAAUUCGACGGACAUGUACAUGAGCCCUCUGAGGCCCUGGAACUAUCUUUUUGGUUGUGAACUGAAGGCCAACAAAGAUGAUCACUUUAAGGUGGAUAAUGAUGAAAAUGAGCACCAGUUAUCUUUAAGAACGGUCAGUUUAGGGGCUGGCGCAAAGGGUGAAUUGCACAUUGUCAAAGCAGAGGCGAUGAAUUAUGAAGGCAGUCCAAUUAAAGUAACACUGGCAACUUUGAAAAUGUCUGUGCAGCCAACAGUUUCCCUUGGGGGCUUUGAAAUAACACUACCUGUGGUCUUACGGUUGAAGUGUGGCUCAGGGCCUGUGCAUAUUAGUGGACAGCACUUAGUAGCUGUGGAGGAAGAUGCAGAGUCAGAAGAUGAAGAGGAGGAGGAUGUGGCACUCCUAAGUAUAUCUGGAAAGUGCUCUGCCCCUGGAAGUCGUAGCAAGUUUCCACAGAAAAAAGUAAAACUUGCUGCUGCUGAAGAUGAAGAUGACGAUGAAGAUGACGAUGAUGAUGAUGAAGAUGAUGAUGACUUUGAUGAUGAGGAAGCUGAAGAAAAAGCUUCAGUAAAAUCAAAAGGUCAAGAAUCCUUCAAAAAACAGGAAAAAACUCCUAAAACACCGAAAGGACCUAGCUCUGUAGAAGACAUUGAAGCAAAAGUGCAAGCAAGUAUAGAAAAAGAGCAUUGAACAAUCCUGGGCACUACUGGUAAAUUAAGCCCAAAGAUGGGGAGAGAGGAAAAGGAGAGACAAAUAUAGUGCAAACUGAGUAUCAUCAACAAUCCAGACUGAAGUCUUCUA